AUGGCCGACGAGAACGGUACUGAGAUCAAGCGCGAUGUGCGCAACCACAUGCUCUUUGAGGUGGCAACUGAGGUGGCCAACCGGGUUGGCGGUAUCUACUCGGUGCUCAAGUCCAAAGCCCCCGUCACAACCGCCGAAUACGGUGAACGCUACACCAUGAUUGGUCCUCUCAACCGUGCUUCAGCUGCCGUCGAGGUAGAAGAGCUCACCCCGGCUAGUUCAGCCAUGCGUGAAACUAUUGCCUCCAUGAAAGAGCGUGGCAUUGAGAUGGUCUACGGUCGCUGGUUGAUUGAGGGAGCUCCACGGGUGUUGCUCAUCGAUACCGGUACGGGUUACCGAUGGUUGGACGAGUGGAAGGGCGAUCUGUGGAACACCUCCGGCAUCCCGGCUCCCGCUGCCGAUCACGAAACCAACGAGGCCAUCGUUUUUGGAUACUUGGUCGCAUGGUUCUUGGGUGAAUACAUCGCCCACGAACGGCGUCGGGCCGUGGUCGCUCAUUUCCAUGAAUGGCUCGCUGGUGUAGCUUUGCCAUUGACCAAGAGACGUCACAUGGAUCUGACCACCAUUUUCACCACUCAUGCCACUCUCCUGGGUCGUUAUCUCUGCGCUGGCUCUGUGGAUUUCUAUAACAACCUUCAACACUUUGAUGUGGAUGCCGAAGCUGGGAAGCGUGGCAUCUACCACCGAUACUGCAUUGAGCGCGCAGCUGCGCACAGCGCCGACGUCUUCACUACAGUGUCGCAUAUCACCGCUUUUGAGAGUGAACAUCUGCUCAAGCGCAAGCCCGACGGAGUUCUCCCGAACGGUCUGAAUGUCAAGAAGUUCUCCGCUAUGCACGAGUUCCAAAACUUGCACUCGCAAGCUAAGGAGAAGAUCAAUGAUUUCGUUCGCGGUCACUUCUACGGUCAUAACGACUUUGAUUUGGAUGACACUCUAUACUUGUUCACCGCUGGUCGGUACGAGUACCGUAAUAAGGGUGUGGACAUGUUCAUCGAGGGAUUGGCCCGUCUCAACCACCGAUUGAAGACCAGUGGCUCCACCACGACUGUGGUCGCCUUUAUUAUCAUGCCCGCACAAACCUCCUCCUUGACAGUGGAGUCCCUCAAGGGCCAGGCCGUUGUCAAGUCCCUCCGCGACACCAUUGAAAACAUUGAGAAGGGCAUUGGAAAGCGCAUGUAUGAGCGUUGUCUGUCGUGGAAGGAGGGUGAAAACAUGCCCGACGAGAAGGACCUUAUCACCAGUCAAGAUCGGGUGCUUUUGCGUCGUCGCCUGUUUGCGAUGAAACGCCACGGCCUUCCUCCUAUUGUCACGCACAACAUGGUCAAUGACCACGAGGAUCCCAUUCUGAACCAGCUGCGCCGCGUGGAAAUGUUUAACAACUCUUCCGAUCGCGUCAAGAUUGUGUUCCAUCCCGAGUUCCUCAACGCCUCUAACCCUGUGCUGCCACUUGACUACGAUGACUUCGUUCGUGGAACCCACUUGGGAGUGUUCCCCUCCUACUACGAGCCGUGGGGAUACACCCCGGCCGAGUGCACCGUCAUGGGUGUGCCAAGUAUUACCACAAACCUGUCAGGAUUCGGAUGCUACAUGGAAGAGCUGAUUGAAAACUCCUCUGACUAUGGUAUCUACAUUGUUGACCGUCGGUCCAAGGGAGUGGACGACUCGGUCAACCAGCUGACUGACUUCAUGUUCAACUUCACCACAAAGAGCCGGCGUCAACGUAUCAACCAGCGUAACCGAACCGAGAGACUCAGCGACCUGCUUGACUGGAAGCGAAUGGGCUUGGAGUAUGUCAAGGCGCGGCAAUUGGCCCUGCGUAGGGCUUAUCCUACCUCUUUCGAUGAGAAGGAGGACUAUUUCAACAUCAUUGGUGGAACUGAUCAGAAGAUCUCUCGCCCUCUGUCUGUCCCGGGCUCUCCUCGUGAUCGUUCCGGAAUGAUGACCCCCGGCGAUUUUGCUUCUCUCCAGGAAGGUCGCGAGGGACUGAGCACCGAAGACUAUGUUGCCUGGAAGCUUCCUGAGGAGGAAGAACCCGACGAGCACUUUUACCCACUCACGCUCCGGACUCGGAAGUCUGGCGAACGUCCACAGUCUCCCCUGGACAGCAUCUCCGUAAAUGGAGAUGUCCCCAAGAUUGAAGAAGAAGAAUGA